AUGAAUCAGCAGACACAGUAUGCGCCAGCAGCGACCGCUGGUGGUACUCAAAGUGGCGCAUCAAUACCUGUCUGCCAGAACUGCGGCACCUCCACCACCCCUCUGUGGCGACGAGACGAAUCUGGCUCGGUAUUAUGCAAUGCAUGUGGACUCUUCCUCAAGUUGCAUGGACGACCACGGCCCAUCUCCCUCAAAACAGACGUCAUCAAAUCGCGCAACCGCGUGAAGACAGCAACGCCCAGGAAGCGAGAUUCCACAGAAGGACAAUAUCAGCAACCCAAUGGCUAUCUACCGCAUCCUGGAGCUCCUGACAACGGUCUGGAUGUGUCUCAGCCGCACGCCCAUCCUCAACAACAAGGCGGCGACUUUGGACGGGUACCCAGUCCUAACUCGAUUUCUCGUACCAACACACCCGCCAUUGCACCUCAACACAUCUUCGACACCGUGUCUUUACCGUCAGACUCUUUCGCAUCACCUUCACUGCCGGCCUUUGCCUUGAGACAACCGAGCCCUUCAGCCAGCUCUCCGAACGGUACCGCACAUCUUGAGCCACCGCAAUCAUUCGAGGGCCUCCAAGCACAAAACCAGCAUCUCCGUACAAGGGUCAACGAGCUCGAAGUGAUCCAAGACCUGUUUAGAGGUCGUGUCAACGAGCUUGAGUCGAGCGAGCGGACGGCCAGGGAGGCUGAGAGAACGAGGAAGGAAGAAGUCGAGCGGCUCAAGGCAGAUCUGGACGCCUCGAAUGCCAAAGCGACUGAAUUGCAAAGACGACUAGAUGAGCUCGAGGGUCAAGACUCCCCGCCGAGGAAGCGAGCGAGGGUAGAGGAGGAAGGCGAGCAACCACCCGAGCAGCAAAACCCGGGCUACCACGAAUACAGCCAUUGA